AUUUCACCUUCUUUUCCUCCUAGCCAAAAUGCUUGAGCACGUUUAAGUGAUUAUGGAGUGCGUUUGUCAUGUACUGAACCGAUAGUACACGGAAAAACCGGGGAGAUGAAACUUUGAAGACAACCCAAAGAGCUUCUGCCGAAAACAUGGCUGUACGAGAGGAAGGAGAGAUUUUGCACAGUAAAAUCAGGCACCACGAUGGGGUUGGCAACGCAAACAGCACAGAGAGCUUCAGGAACGGCUAUGUGAAGAGCUGCGUCACCCCGUUGAAACAAGACCAUCAAAGGGGAUUUUUAUUCAACCUUUGUAGAUUUUGCAAUGAGGAUAUUUUAAACUCCAGACUAUUCCGGGUGUCUGCUAUCUAUGCGGGUGCGUUUGUAGUUUUUGCGGUGUCUUUUUUGAUAUCCAGGAGCCCACUAAGUGAACACGGCGUCUUGGAUCUGCGGACUUUUCUGUCUCGCUUCUCGCAGUCCAUCAGUCCUCUGUUUAGCAUAGGUUGCGCGUACUUCUUUUUGACAUUUUAUCUCAGAAGGAAAAAGAGAGAAAGUAGUAGAUGUUGGCUCUUGGCACUUCCAGCAUCAUGCUACUUUGGAGAUUUCUUGGUCCUGCGGUUUUUACAGUGGGGAGAGGAGCAACAUCAGAUGCAAAUGGUGGGCAGGUUGUUAUUUGUACUGGGCUGUGUGGGUUUACUGACUCUCAUCCCCACUUUGAAACUCAAACAUAGUAUUCUGAUUUUGCUGUUCGCCAGUUUGGUGUGGCUGGUCUCAUUCACGAGUCUCAGCUGCCUGCCGCUCUGUCUGAGGCCAGUCUUAGCGUGCUUGGCAGGGGUUUCUGGAUCUCUUCUAGCGCUCUGUUUCGACCAUUACGCCCCCCCAAGGGAAGCGCCGAGUAGGAUCUCCAACGCCGAGGAAAAGGUGCCUGUGAUUAGACCUAGGAGGAGGUCCAGCUGUGUUUCUCUGGGAGAAACAUCAACCAGCUAUUAUGGCAGUUGUAAGAUGCCCCGCAGACCGUCACUGCCUUGCAUUUCCAGAGAACAGAUGAUCCUGUGGGACUGGGAUCUCAAGCAAUGGUACAAGCCCCAGUAUCAGGGGGCGGUGAGCGGGAACGGCGUGGACCUGUCGGUCAUCAACGAGGCGCGCAACCUGGUGGCGGAGCUCCUGAUGGACUCGUCGCUGUCGCCGCACGUGAUCUCGUCGCUGCGCAGCGUCAGCAGCCUCAUGGGCACCUUCUCAGGGUCGUGCCGGCCGCGCGUCAACCCCUUCACCCCCUUCCCCGGCUUCUACUCCUGCACCGAGGUGGAGGACCCCGGCGAGCGGGGGGAGAGGAAGCCCCCAAAGGGCCUGAGCAGCAGGAACAGCCUGCCCACCCCUCAGCUCAGACGCAGCUCUACCUCGUCCACCCUGCCGCCGCAGCUGGAGACGCCCGCCUCGCGCUGGGAGCGCAACAACGGCAAGAGAAGCCACCCAGACUACACCAGCAGCGGCCAAGGAUCACUCCCCAACGGGCCCAACAGUAACCUGCUGACCAUCCCCAAGCAGAGGUCCUCCUCCGUCACCCUCACCUACCACACCAUCCCCCGGAGAGCAGGCACUUCUCCCAGCCUGAGUCCAGUGAGCUCCCCCAGUCACAGCCCCCCGGCGCCGGGCUCGUCGAUGGUGACGCGCUCCCCCGUGGAGUUCCCCGACACGGCCGACUUCCUCACCAAGCCCAGCGUCACCCUGCACAAGCCCCUGGGCUACACCCUCAGCUCGCCCGACUUCCAGCAGCAGUACCGCACGCCCUGCGCUGCCGCGCCGUCGCUCUGCACCAGCUGUGGCCGCCAGAUGCUGAAGAGUGCAGCGGCUGGCGGGGAGGCCGGGGAGAGCCAGGCCCCUUCGCCCACCGAGACCCAACGCAGACGCUCAGCAGGCGAGGGUAUGGGUUUCGCGGGCGAGGGCCUGAUCCGUGAGGAGAGCGUGGAGGCCGAGCCCCAGGAGGAGAAGGGCCCAGACGCCCACACCAGAGACGGCCAGUCGGAGGAGGAGGAGCCCAGGCCUGCUGAGGAGGCCCAGAGCCAGGAGCCGGAGAGUGAACAGGACUUCAAGCUCGACCCCUUCCUGGAGGAGCACGAGGGGAUCAUGGAGAAGGUCAACACGUGGAACUUCCAGAUCUUUGACCUGAUGGACAGAACAGGAGGGAAGACGGGCCGGAUCCUCAGCUACGUGGCCUACACUUUGUUCCAGGACGCAGGACUGUUUGAAAUCUUUAAAAUCCCUGUGCGGGAAUUCAUGACGUACUUCUGUGCUUUGGAGAACGGCUAUCGGGAUAUUCCCUAUCAUAACCGUGUCCACGCUACUGAUGUCCUCCACGCCGUAUGGUACCUCACCACCAGGCCCAUCCCGGGCUUUCAGCAGAUCCACAGUGAGCAUGUGACAGGAAGUGACACAGACUCCGACAGUGGCAUCUCUCCCGGCCGAGUGCCCUACGCCACCUCCAAGAGCUGCUCCAUCUCCGACGACAGCUACGGCUGCCUGACGUGGAACGUGCCCGCCCUGGAGAUCAUGGCCCUGUAUGUAGCCGCCGCCAUGCACGACUACGACCACCCCGGGCGCACCAACGCAUUCCUCGUAGCCACUAACGCCCCUCAGGCUGUGCUGUAUAACGACCGCUCGGUCUUGGAGAACCACCACGCUGCGUCAGCGUGGAGCCUCUUCCUGUCCCGGCCGGAGUUCAACUUCCUGUCCAACCUGGACCACGUGGAGUUCAAGCGUUUCCGCUUCCUCGUCAUCGAGGCCAUCCUUGCCACUGACCUGAAGAAGCACUUUGACUUCCUGGCCGAGUUUAACACCAAGGUGAAUGAUGUGAACAGUCCAGGAAUUGACUGGACUAAUGAGAACGACCGGCUGCUGGUGUGCCAAGUGUGCAUUAAGCUGGCAGAUAUCAACGGGCCAGCCAAGGGCCGGGACAUUCACCUCAAGUGGACAGAAGGCAUAGUCAACGAGUUUUAUGAGCAAGGGGACGAGGAGGCCAGUCUGGGAUUACCCGUCAGCCCCUUCAUGGACCGCUCCUCGCCCCAGCUGGCCAAGCUGCAGGAGUCCUUCAUCACGCACAUCGUGGGGCCGCUCUGCAACUCGUACGACGCCGCCGGCCUGCUGCCGGGCUACUGGAUCGACGAAGAGGGAUCGGAGGACGAGGAGGACGCCGAAGAGGAGACGGAAACGGAUGAAGACGAGCUGGACGAGGAGCUUGAACCAAAAAGGAGAAAGCGCAGGCGUCGGCUCUUCUGCAACAUCAUGCAGCACCUGACGGAGAACCACAAGGUGUGGAAGAAGACCAUCGAGGAGGAGGAGAAGGGCAAACAGCAGCAGCAGCAGCAGGAGCAGCAGCAGCAGGAGCAGGAGCAGCAACAGGAGAGCCCCAGCUUGCCCACCUCCCCCUCCGACGACAUCCAGGUCAUUCAGGAGGAGGCCGAGGAAGAGGAGCGCCAGUAGCAUGAGGAAGAACACACACACACACACACACACACCAUGGAGGCUGGAAGCUCAGGGAGCAAAAUGCCUUGCUCCCGCUUCCUCUGAAUGACAUGAACUGAUACACACACACACACACAGACACAGACACAAACACACACACAAAUGACGUCCUCAAGACACAGGAUGACCCCCACUCCCCCCCCCCCCCACUCCCCCUUUUUCCGCUCGACCUCUACACGCUGAAAUCGUCACUGUGCCGACACUCAGACGCUGAUGCAGUCCACGCUCGAUUGAUAAACAAAAAGGCCUUACUACUGUGAGAGGAUCCUUGCUGCAACGGUGGGAACCCCACUCCUAUGCACUUUCACCCCAUGGAGAAUUGGAAGAGAAGGACCACAGCGUCCCGUCCCGUCCCGUCCCGUCGACUCCUGUCCCGCCCUGCCGCGGGGACACGCCCCUAGGGGCGCAGAGACGUUGCCUCCGUGGUCAAACUGGCUGUGAUGCUGCCUUGAACUCCUUGACUCUUAAACUCUCCCGUAGGUACUUCAAAAAAGAAAUAUAGAUCUAUUUAAAAUGAAAAAAAAAAAAGAUGAAAAACAUUAGGAAAAAAAAAAGAAAGAACACAAAAGUGAUACACAUGUUACCAAAGCGAACAGUUCAAACAUGGAGAAAAAAAAAAAAGAGAGAGACUCGAGGCUGAGACUAUGAUCGGGCUCCGAGUCAGGAAUAUUCUAGAAACAGAAAUCAAAUGUGCCUGUCUGAACCUUUAUGGUCUUUAGUGGUCCAAAAGAUGGACUGCUGAACCCUGCACUAGUUGUGUGCAGACUCCCUCCUCAUGCUGGCGACACAAAACACUGUAUCAGACUCAGUCCCGGGGACACACUGACGUUUUGACUGAAAAAAAAAUGAACGUUAAACCUGCAUCAUUUUGGAUGCUUUUUAUUCAUGUGUACCACCUGCCUUUCAUUUGACUCUUUCGUCUCUUUCUUUCUCUCUCUUUCUCUCUCUCUCUCUCUCUCUCUCUCUCUCUCUUUGUAUGUUUCAAAAAGUUUGUGUGUGUUGGUGUGCGAGUGUGCGUGUGGAUUCCCUUGUUAGGAAUGCCAACUGAUCAUUUCCCCCCUCUUUGCUGUUUCCCAGUCCACCUCUGUUCAAAACGUAGCUCAAAGGACACAAAAGCUGUUGUCAUGAAGGGAUGUUUUUUUUCCUUUUUUAAGUUUGAAUUAUUGCUUUUUUCACAGUUACUCAGGAUUCACACAAAUAUUACUAAUUAAUCGCAGAUCUAUAGUAUGUUCAGAAAUCACGUCAGAAGGAAGUGGUUGAAAUCUUUUUUUUUUCUAUUUGUACAAUUUCAGUAAACAAAUAGGAGGGCUGACCUUCAGAAUAGUGAUUGCGUGCUAAAAUGCAAUUCUGUUGAAGUUCUAAUUAAAUGCGCUAUUUAUGUUGUAUCAAAGGCCACUGAAAAAAAAAUAUUGAUGUAGACAGGAAUUGUCUAGGCCAUGUAUACACAACAGCCAAAUUGCUUGUUUAUGUUGCAUUAGGUUACAUUUGGCAUUAUAGUAACUCACUCACACACACACACACACACACACACACACACACACACACACACACACACACACACGCACUGUUGAUUUUUACUUUUUUUUUCCAAACACUGACGUUUCACACAAAAUGAUAUGACAGAAAAAAAUGACACAGACACCAAGGCCAGUGGAUGAGUUUGAUGUGACCCAGGGUUUCACCUCGAAAGCUGUACACUUUUUUUAUAUUUUCUUAUUCUUCACCAUGAGGCAGGUUUAAUACUGAUAGUUCUAUAUUUUUUGUCUGAAGCAAGAACUCUAGGCAUUCCACUAGAAGCAGAUCAUUGAGCAGUGGAGAGAGUGGCGGAUCUAAAAGCCAAGUUUCCUUCAUUGCAGUUGAAAUAUUGAAAAAAAGGAAAAAAAUCAUUUUGUUUUUCAGAAGAGGUAAGUUCUCAAGUAGGCAGUGUAAAUCAAGCUAGUACAUUAAAAAAUAAAUAAAUGUGCACAUUUUACUACCAAACAAGUGUUUAACCUCUGCACAGAAAGAGUAUCUGCAUAUAUAUAAAUAUAUAUUAUACAUAUAUAUUAUAUUUUUUAAUUAAUCAACUGAAUGCAUCUGUUUUCUACAUAAGGCUGACAUAUAUUGUACAUUGAGAACCUGUAAUUAUCAUCUGUUUCCAGAGUUUCUAUCUAAUACUAUUUACGGAUGUGGAAUUGUAGGGUGUGGUGUUUUACUUUUUCUUUUGAGUACACUGUCUCUUUGUGUUCCUGAUCAUAACCACUCUGUGCCCCUCAACACCACCCCCCACCUCCCCCCCCAAAAAAAAAUUCCCUUUGAUAAAUUCAGCGUUGUCUGUGAGUACCACCCCACAGGUGCCAAUCUCCGACUCCUCCUGCCUGCUUACCUGCAGGACCAUGAUGCACUUUGGCCCACGUCCAGGAAGUGUUGUGUGUAUGUGAGGUGGGCCCUAGAGCGUGCUCUGAGCGACAUGCACAGACACAGGCACCUUCAGGAAAGGCUGAAAGGUCUCGUAAACCCCUAACCCUAACCCUAACCCUGACCUUGACCCUAACCCUGACCCUGACCCUGACCUUGACCUGGUCUUGGUGAAACCAGUGCAGUGGUACAGUAGGUGUCAACCUCAGUCCUCAAUCUAUCUUUAAUAGCGACUGGCGGACUGGCGGUCUGGCGGUGCUGCCCUGUAAAGUUGCCCCAGCCAAUGGGGAGAAGAGAGGGGGGAAGGGAAGUGAAGCGAUGACUGCAGGCUCUGGCCUGUUCCUCUGGGCUCAGCACGCUCUUACCAGUCUGUCCACUGGGGGCGCUUCGGCUGGACUUUGUGCGACGCCGUCAGAUUGUGUUGUCGCUGGUGUUGUCAAACAGAAGCAGUGGCAGGCAACUGCCGCCCUUCCCCACAUGACCCCUCUCCCCCAAACACACACAUACACACACACCCACACAAAUAAAGCCCCUAGUUCAUUUUGUUGUGAAUGCAGAUUGUUUGUUGGCUUCUCAAUGUGCAGACCUGUGCACCAGUUGCAGUGUCCUCCAAUGCCCUUGUCAUCAAAACAUUACUGAACAGCUGUCAUCUUUAUGUAGCAUUUAUACAGUAGUUAUCAAUGUCUGUAACCGGUCAGCUUUUUCCGACAAAUGUGGGGGGAAAAAAAUUGCGUUUGUUGUUAUUUAUAGCUGUCAUAAAAACACCAUCCCUGAAAUGCC